GGGCGAGGCGGGCAUGCACGUGAGGAUGUGCAAGAAGAUCGCGCAGCUCACCAAGGUGAUAUAUGCUCUGAAUAUGAAAAAUGAUGAGCAUGAGGCCAGCAUCCAAGCUCUUAAGGAAGCCCAUCAAGAAGAGAUUCAACACAUCCUCGCUGAAAUGAAGGAAGCUGUCCUUCACUAUAAGAGGAAAGUGGAGGAGGAACAGGACCUUCGGCAGCGGAUCCAGACCCUCGAAGAUGCUUUGGACCAAUGCAGACAGUUGAAAGAAGAAGCCCUGACAGAGUUCACAAUUUUCAGGAAAUGGGAAAUUAAGACAGAGCCACAAACUGAGAGUGAACGUGCUCAGGAGGACAUUUUGCUUCCCAAGGAGAUGCUACACAUGAAACUGGACUCUGGAAACAGAGUCCAGACUUCAAACCAGGAGUCAGACAGUCUCUUAAGUGAACAGGGGCCAUUUGAGGGAGAGAUACUGAAUAUCGAGGGAAACUUAAAUGAAAAGGGCAGCAUGGAAAUGCAGACUUUGAUCAGGGAGAUGGAAACCCUUAAGCGGGAGAACCAGAAAUUAGCCGAAGAAUACGCUGAGAAAGCCAGCCAGCUCCAAGGCUCUCACAAAAGAGACAAAGAAACCUGGAGGAAGGCCAUGCAGCCAUCGGGGACCGAUUCGUGCCAAGAGUGGCAGCAGAGGGAAAUGGAGCAGAGGGAGAACGUCGAGGUCUGCGAAGCUGUGUCGCGACAGCAAAUGAGGAAGCUGGAGGCUGACCUGGAGACAAAAAGGCAGCACAUCAGUGAGCUGAAGAAACAUUCCCAGAAGCUGAAGGAGACAAUGCAGGACCUGGAACUGCAGCUCAAGGAAACUCAGCAAGCGACUAUGGAGUCAAAGAGGACCAUGAAGAUGCUGGAGGAGGAGCUGAGUAUAGCCAAAGAAAGGCUCCUGACGCAGGAAAAUGAAAUUCUGCAGAAAACAGAGGCAACAGAAACAGCACUGAAUUCCCAAAGCAAAGCCAGGAAUGAAGUGGUCGACGUGAAGAAGCAGAUCCUGCACUUUCAGCAACCAUUGUCCUCUAAGCAGAGCCCUCGGGGCAAAGACUUGCAGCAUAGAGGAAGCGCAAGUGCAGGAACUGAAGCUCUUAUAGAACAGCACAAGGAAGAGCUUUGCAAACUCCAGCACACAUCAGAUGAGGAGAAAAUGCUAUUUUUGAAAGAGCAGCUGGCAAAAGGCCUGACAAAUCUUGUGAAGAAGCACUCUCUUGAACUCAAAGCCGCCCAAACCGCCAUGGAUAUCCACAGGAAAAAAGUGCAGAAGGAGGUUCAGGCACAGUUAGAGGAAUUAAAAAAGAAACACAAGAAUGAAAUAAGGCAACUGCAGAAAGAGAAAGAUGCUCUACAUGGAAAGCUUCAGGACUGUUCUCAGGAGGUUUUAAGGCUAGAGGAUUUCAUCAAACAAAACCGGGACAUUGCCAAAUAUGCAGAAUUUUUGAAAUAUCUCGCCAGAAAGCCCAGUGAGAGGCAGCAGGAGUCCCAAGAUGCAUCUGUGCAGCCGAAAAAUAUUUCCAGACAGUGUAAAGGCAGAACAAAAUGCAGAGAGCAGUUAGCAGCGCCGUCGAGUGCCAGAAGUGAAGAGAAACGAAGGUACGACUCUGGAGGUGCACCGAAAAGGGAAGAUGAGCGGUCUCUUGCAUGUUUCCAAAAGGAGAGAGCUAAAGAAAUUCAGGCUUUGCGAGAGGAAUGGUCUUACCAAAAGGCAGAAUUGCAAGCUCAGGUUGCACAGCUGAAGCAGACUUUAGAGCAGCAAGCGAGGACUUUCCGGGAAGCCCUCUGUGAACAGAAUCUACAGUCCAGUAAAGAGAAAGAAAAACUCUUGCAAAAUCUUCAGGACACCAUUAAGAAAAGUCAAGAAAUUAAAGCACAGCUGGAAGCAUCUCAUCAGACAGCCAUAAAUCUCCUGGAGAAAAGCAAAAAUCAGGAGUUCAAGGAGGCCGAAGAGCACUGGAAGAAGGAAUCUCAUGAGAACUUCAAGAUCCAGCAGGAGUCCUACAGGCUGGAAGUGCAGACCUUGGAAGAGAAAGCCAGAGAAGCCCUGCAGGGCGAAUUGGAGAAGAUUCGGCAGCGACAAUCUUUGUUGAUAGAAUCUCUGAGGACAGAGCUGGCUGAGCAACAGGCAUCUUGCGUCAUUCACAAAAAAGAAAAGGAAGAACUCCAGGAGGAACUGAGGAACACGAUGCUCCUGAAGAGGCAACAGGCAAGCCAGUGUGGUGAGCAGACACAGUCUCUUAAAGAUGAACUGGUGAAAUGUCAGAAUGAAAUUUGUGGACUCAAGAAGGAGAAUUCCCUUUUGAAGGACACAGUGGAUCUACUGAGGACAGAUGUGACAUUACAGAAACAAACAUCUUCACAGCUUCAAGAACCAGAGUGCCAACACAGAAGAUUUAAAGAGCUAGACGAGACACCGAGAAAGCGGGAGCCUCGGCCUGAAGAUCUACAUCUUAUAAACUGCUUGCAAGAGAAACUAAGUGAAAAAGAAGCGAUGAUCAAGGAAUUAAUGGAUGGCAGAAAACUUCAACCUUCCUUCAUGCCCAGUACCGAACCUCAUCGCAACCGGUCCUUUUCAUUUAACACGAAUCCUUCAACGUGUUUGGCUCCAAUUGCAAAGCAGAAGAAGAAAAUGGACAACAUGCCCAGUCGUAUCGUCAGUGUCCCAAAUUUAGCCUCCUAUGCAAAAAGCUUCUUGAGUGGCGACUUAAGACCUAAGAGAAACCCGCCUCAGAUUACAAAAUCGACAAGUUUAGAUCAGAAUCCUGGCUGUGUCCGAGUAUGUUAUCCACCGGUACAAGUGCAGGAGACCAAGCCAGGCCCACGGCUGCAAAGCAACCAAAUGGCAAACCCCAAAGAUGCUCUGAAACAGGACCCUCGACCCCAGGAGUGGUUUACCAAAUACUUCUCCUUCUGAGGAAGACCAUUUCUAUAUCCAUAUA